UACUGGGACCCGCGUUACCGGCGCCUCGAGCGGGCCGCGCCGCGGGGCCGGCCGGGCGGCGGGUGUGUGAGGCCCAGUCAUGGUGGCGGUGCCGCCGUCCUCCGCUGCGGGCGGCCCGGAGCCUCCCCCGCCGCCGCUGCAGUACAGCCUGCUGCUGCAGCACCUGGUGGGCGAGCAGCGGCGGCCCCGCGCCUGGGACCCGGCUGCCCUCGGCGGCAUCCCCAGCCCGCCCAAGAGCGAGGAGCAGAAGAUGGUGGAGCGGGCCAUGGAGAGCUGCGCCUUCAAGGCGGCGCUGGCCUGCGUGGGAGGAUUUGUUCUGGGAGGUGCAUUUGGUGUCUUCACAGCUGGCAUUGACACUAAUGUUGGGUUUGAUCCCAAGGAUCCCUAUCGCACACCAACUGCAAAAGAGGUCCUCAAAGAUAUGGGGCAGCGAGGCAUAUCCUAUGCAAAGAACUUUGCCAUUGUGGGUGCCAUGUUCUCCUGCACUGAAUGUGUGGUAGAAUCUUAUCGUGGAAAGUCAGACUGGAAGAAUAGUGUUAUUAGUGGCUGCAUCACAGGAGGAGCAAUUGGCUUCAGAGCUGGUUUGAAGGCAGGGGUCAUCGGCUGUGGUGGAUUUGCCGCUUUCUCCGCUGCAAUUGAUUACUAUCUACGGUAACAGCAGGAUCCUGUGGGAGCAAGUUUCCCUUUUGUUCCAACACUGCUGCAUCACAGCAGAAGAACCAUCAGGCUUACCUUUCUACUGCCUUUGGAGUCCUGAUCAGUGCAAGCUGGAUGGUGUUGGCCACUUUUCCCGAAUGACUAACAAUACUCUGGCUCUGAGCCCCAGCAUGCUGCUUCAGGCAGACUUGCGGGAGUAUGCGAGGAUGGAGCCAGGCGCAGUGAGCAGUAUCUCCAGGACGGAUCAGCUGACUCUCAGUUUCCAGGAAACAAGCCUGGACCUGGAGCUUUUUCGAUCCUUUGUGUCUGAUUUUGAUUAAGUCUGUUGCUAGCAUCAAAAGAGGCCAGAGGACAAUCUUCAAAAAGAAACUCAGUGAUUUAGGUUACCGUGUAUUUGAAUGUGCUGCAAGUGUUUUAACAGUUACCAGUUUGCAGCUUGCUACUCUGUUGGGGAGAGAGGUAAGACCCUGUGGAGAAAUAAGUUUGUUCCAGGCUUUUCUUAAAAUACCAGCUGAAGACAAACCAC